AUGGAUCAACGUGUCGCACAUCCUGACGGUCGGCUGCACUGGGACCAGAAGGAGCUGGAAAGCAGGCGAGAGUAUGGCUCUCAAGGCGCCAUCGAAGCGGGUGAUAUCAGCGGGCGGAAUGUGCUUUCUCACUGGGGAUGCACCGGCGAUCUUUGGACAACCACUCUUCAAUUGCCUCAAUCGGAAAUGCAGAAUGGCAUUCUGUCGGGCUUGAUGAUGGGGAGACGAAAGGAACUUCCAUCCAAUACACGCAAGGACAGGACCUGUAUAGGGUCUGGCGAUGCCAUUGGAAGUUCCUGGAGUUAUCUAUGGCAAAAAGCAGAGCCCAAGGAUCAAAAAUGUCCACAAAUGAAGAUUUAUAUUUCCCAGCGUGUUUCUUCUACCAGGUUCGAAUAUACGUGGUUGACAGGAUGGCCCCGACACACCAUCCGUGCCAACCUUCUCGUCUGGAGUAACCGUCUGACGCUUGUCGCUGCAUGCUUCACUGAAUAA